AUGGACUGGCUGACACUGGUAACACCUGAUGAAAUGGAACGAGUCGGUAAGAACGCAAACACUAUUGAGGAGCUAGAGACUGCAGUAAUGAAAUACGUGAGAAAUAAAAUGAAGGUCAAACACACAUAUGACCCAGUAUGUAGUGAAUGUGGUAGUAAGUCAAUUGUGGUAAUAGAUGGAGCAGAUACAUGCACACGUUGCGGAACUAGUGCUAUGAACAACUUCACAUACUACGUUAGUUACAAUCACAACAAGGACGACUACCUGAAAAAGAAGUCUUGUCAUAACAGAGUCCGUUGGUUUGAGAGACACUUAUUAGAGCAUGUUGCUUCAGGGGAUAGGGAUACCAUACGGGAGCAGUUUAGAAGCAUUGUAAGAUGUAUACAAAGACUUAGACUGCAACGGGGGCGCAAUAUAGUUAGAUAUAAGUUUUACCUAUUAAGGAUAGCCAGCAUGAACAACAUCAUGUUAAGAAACCCACCCGAGGACAUUAAGACUCAAAGAAUUGUAAAGUUAAGGAAGCCCGUAAAGGUAAUGAAAGAAGUUAAGGAACAGCCUGCUGUGGUCGCUCCACAGGAACAUGAGAUUGAUCCAUUUGGAACGUAUCUUGAGAAGCCUUCCUAUAGAAAGAUAGAAACUGCCGCAAAUGGUGCAGCGGUGACUUACUCAAUAACUCCAAACUUUAUGGAUCCCUUGGACCAGAUGACGGCAAGUAGGCAGGUUGUGAGGGGAAUUCUAGUGAACGAGUUGAAGAGAAUGGGAGGUCUAAAAUAUACGGAGACAAUUAAGGUGAGAAUGUCAAAGGAAAUUGGAAAUGAUAAAACAAAGAAAGAUUCAGUGUACUUUAAGUCAAAAACUGGAACUGCAACUAACUUUGAGGAUAUCGAAAGCACUGCAGCCCAAAAUCAACUGACCAUAUUGUCCAGAAUUGAAACUUUCCAGAACUUAGGUUCAAAUUGGAUUAUUCUGAACAUUGAGAGUCAUUAUGUUAAUAUUGCAAUGUAUAAACCUCUCAAGGGUAGUUCAUAUAUGAAAUUACCCGCAGACAUUAGUAAUCCAAAAUGCGGCUUAAUUAAUAUGCAAAACAAGGACGAAAAAUGCUUUAUGUGGUGUCAUGUGAGACAUUUAAGACCAAAGGUUAGGAGGGCAACUACCAUAACAAAGCAAGAUAGGGAGUUCGCGGAGAACCUGGAUUAUGAAGGUAUUGACUUUCCUGUCAAGAUAAGCGAUAUCAACAAAAUUGAAAGAAGAAAUUCAAUAAGCAUCUCAGUAUUCGGUUAUAAGGGAAAAAAGCAGUUCUACCCAAUCAGGAACUCUAAGACAAAAUAUGAUGAGCAUAUGGAGUUGCUGCUGUUAGGUGACAACAACGGUGGUAAUCAUUAUGUCCUAAUAAAGGAUGUAAAUAGAAUGCUCUUCAGUGUUAGCGGUAACUCAAACAAAAAACACUUCUGCUUGUAUUGUCUUCAUAGUUGCACUAGUGAGGAAACAUUAAAGAAACAUAGUGAGACAUGUGUUAGUGUAAAUGGGACUCAGGCCACGAAGCUUCCCAAUGCUGGUUCAAAAAUAAAGUUCGGUCAUCAUAGAAAUUCAAUGCCUGCUCCAUUUGUAAUCUAUGCUGACUUUGAAUCUAUGCUUGUUCCUGAGGAAAGGAAAGUGGAAUCUGAAGACCCUGAGGAGAAGAGUUCAACUGAGCUUUACCAGACACAUAAAGCUUGCAGUUUUGGGUUGAAGACAGUGUGUCACUACGAUGAUCAGUACUCAGGUGAAUAUACGAGUUACGUUGGUGAAGAUGCUACAGAGGUCUUCCUGAAGACAGUUCUGAAGGAAUCUAUCAGGUGCCGGGAAAUGGUGAACAAAAUCUUCAAGAAAAAGAUGGUAAUCACACCUGAACAAGAAGCUGAGUUCUGGAUGACAAGAAACUGCUCCAUCUGCAGCUGUGACUUAGGUGAUGAUAGAGUCAGGGACCAUGAUCAUGUAACUGGACUUUACCGCGGAGCUGCUCAUAAUAUGUGUAACUUGAAAUAUAGAAUUACAUGGAAACUUCCGGUGGUCGUCCAUAAUCUAAGAGGUUACGAUAGCCAUCUAAUAAUGCAGGAGAUUGGGAAGUUCAAGAUGAAUAUUAAUGUUGUUCCAAAUAACAUGGAAAAGUACAUUUCUUUCUCGUUAGGAAAAAGUCUUGUGUUUAUCGAUUCAAUUCAAUUCAUGGCUUCUUCUCUAGAGGCACUUGUGAAUAACCUUUCACCUGAAGACUUCAAGAUAGUCGGUAAGAGGUGGCAAGGAGAGGACUUCGAUCUUGUGAGACAGAAAGGAAUAUUUCCCUAUGAAUACUUAGAUGACAUCAGCAAACUAGACUCUGAGGGGCUUCCAAGUAAAGACAAGUUCUAUUCAUCUCUGUAUGAAUCUGAAGUAAAAGAAGAAGAUUACCAAAGAGCUUUAAAAGUUUGGGAUCACUUCGGAAUGAAAACGAUGAGGGACUACCAUGAUCUCUACCUUGAGACUGACGUUCUUCUGCUAGCGGAUGUCUUUGAGAAUUUCAGGAAGACCUGCCUGGAGAAUUACAAGCUUGACCCUGCACAUUACAUCUCAGCUCCUAGUUUAAGUUGGGACGCGUUCUUAAAACAGUCAGGUGAGGAAAUAGAGUUGGUAAGUGAUAUGGACAUGUUUCAGUUCUUUGAGAAGGGAAUGAGAGGUGGGGUAAGUCAUAUUGCUCAUAGACACUCCACGGCGAAUAAUAAGUACAUGGAAACGUAUGACGAAGAAGCUGAAAACAAGUUCCUUAUGUACCUCGACGCCAACAAUUUAUAUGGCUGGGCGAUGUCUCAACCUCUGCCUAAUGGUGAGUUUGAGUGGAUCGAGGAAGUUGACAAAAUAAAUAUUGAUGACUACUUAGGAGACGCUGGAAGGGGUAUGGUUCUUGAGGUUGACAUGGAAUAUCCAGCAGAACUUCAUGAACUUCAUAAUGGUUACCCUCUAGCUCCAGAGAGUAAGGAAAUUGAUGCGUCAAUGUUAUCAGACUAUGCGAAGGAUAUUGCUGAUAAAUUCCAGCUGACAAUUGGAGGUGUGCGGAAACUGGUGAACUCCUUGGGUCCUAGGAAGAAUUACGUUCUACAUGUAAGGAAUCUAAAACUGUAUACUGAACUCGGAAUGAAACUCACAAAGAUCCACAGAGCAGUCUCCUUCAAGCAGUCAACUUGGCUGAAACAGUACAUUGACUUCAAUACUCAAAAACGAUCUAUUGCAAAGAAUGCGUUUGAGAAAAACUUCUUCAAGCUUAUGAAUAAUUCCAUCUACGGAAAGACUAUGGAGAAUUUAAGGAAGAGAGUUGAUGUGAAGUUGGUGUCGUCGGAAAACGAUCUCCUUAAACUUACGGCGUCUCCAUGCUUCCAGUCACAUAGGAUUAUGAAUGAGAGCCUGAUCGUGGUAAAGAGAAUGAAGGAAGUGUUAA